AUGGCGCGAAAGUGGCAAAAACUAGCAGUUGCGAGCAGGAAAAGAAUUUCCUGGUCAAGAAUAGUCGCUGAGAAGGGACACUUUGUAGUUUACACAAGGGAUAAAAGACGGUUUAUGAUUCCACUGGCAUACCUCAGAAGUGAGAUUUUCACGGAGCUCUUUAAAAUGGCAGAAGAAGAGUUCGGAGUAGCUGGAUCUGGGCCAAUUAUGCUUCCUUGUGAUUCAAGUUUCAUGGAGUAUGCAAUCUCCAUGAUCCAGAGACAUGUAUCUGAGGAUUUGGAAAAGGCACUGAUCAUGUCUAUGAACACCUGUAGAUAUUCAGCAUUGUCAAAUGGCCUUGAAGAACAAAAUAAUCAGCAAAAGUUAAUCUGGCUAGAGUUUCCUUUGAUUCACUGUAACGCAACCGAUUACUGGAAAAUGAAACUAUUCACAUUUCAGCUGCAUCAGAUGGACAGUAUGAAAGUAGGAAGUGUAGCCAUUUAG